GGUUUCUAGUUUCUAGUUUAUUUCACUGUGCUACACACUUGCUAGUCUUUUCUGCGUGCGUGGCUUUGGGCCAAAAUAGAGGCUUAUUCAUAUUCAACGGAGACGAUACUGGGGUUCUCGAAGAAGUAAGGCGGAGAACAUGAAUCAAAGGGCAGGAGGAAGAGGGAGGCCGUCCGGAACCGAUGGCUCUGAUUUCUCCUACCGCAUGGUCGUCGAUUCCAGAUACACGAAAGUUGCAAAGGCAAAGUAUCGUCUUGCCAAAUUGAUCUUCGCUCAGGCAGUCACUCAAUUGAUGAUAGCAGCUAAUGUAUUUAUUUCAUUGUCAAAGAAGGAGUCUCGUGAUAGAGUUUCUAUUUUUUCCCUUGCAAUUGGCUUGGUGUCUAUUCUGGCAGGGGAACUAGGUCGAAAGAGAAGUAGAUCCAAUUUUUUGAAGUUUUAUGUCUUUGGGUCAUCCAUGGCGAUCCUGCUGUCAGUGGCAUAUCUUGCUAUGAGCAAUCUCUCAUUGGAGGCUUUUCAAAAUUUUACAAGUUUGGAGACUCUAAAGAUUGCAGCUGUCCUACUAGGAUUUGUGGUACAAUUUUUCGUUAUUGGUACAACCAUUUCUCUUAUUAAAAACAUGGCACCUCCUAAGAGGGCUUCUUGAUUAAUAGUGUAACUCUGGUGUUAUUUCAAAUGUCGUUGACUGUUUAAAGAGUGUUCUUAUACGCUUCUGAUUCAACGGAGAUGCUGCUGUAAGUUGCCUUUUUCAAUGCAAUUUUUGCAGGCUUUUCUGAUUUAACAUUAUCUCAUGAGCGUUUGACAUGUUCAACCUUAGCCUGUUAGUGUAUCAGCCUGGUUGUACCUAGGCUUUGUUUUUCUUUUCCUUCUCAGGGAAUCUUGGACCAUUUUUCCUUUUUUGACCAUUUGCUAAUCUAUGUUGCUAGUUACUUUUUUAGGCUAUCAUUUUUUUCUGAGUGUGAAUAUGCAAAGAGAUAUUACAAUAUGAUGGCUAAAUAGUUUAACCUUGUA